CAGGACUGUUUGCACUAGUUUUCUACUAGACAGCUUAAUUAAGUCAUGAAGGUGUGCAUCAUUGGCGCAGGGGUCAUCGGUCUCUCCACUGCUCAGAGCAUCUACCAGCACUUCCACAGCAGAGUCUCUCCUCUCACCAUAGAGGUUUAUGCUGAUUUCUUCACUCCUCUGACCACCAGCGAUGGGGCAGCUGGACUCUGGCAGCCCUAUCUCUACGACAAGGGAAUUGUCAAAGAAACUCAAUGGAACAAAGAGACCUUUGACUAUCUACUGAGUUUCAUCAACUCUCCAGAUUCAAUCAAAAUGGGUAUCUUCCUUCAGUCUGGCUACAAUCUGUGCGCUGAAACUGCAGCAGACCCCUCAUUUAAAGACACAGUGCUGGGUUUUCGCCAACUGACCAGUCGUGAAUUAGAGAUGUUUCCGGGCUACAGCUUUGGCUGGUUCAACACUUCUAUCAUGAUUGAAGGAAAAACAUAUCUGCCCUGGCUGAUGGACUGGUUAAAAGAAAGAAAUGUCAAGUUUUAUCAAAGAAAGAUUGAUUCAUUUAAAGAGUUGUCAGCCUGUGGUGCUGAUGUGAUAAUCAACUGCUCGGGUGUUCGCUCAGGAGAGCUGCAGCCUGAUCCUGAGCUCCAGCCAGCCAGAGGACAGAUCAUUAAGGUAGACGCUCCCUGGAUAAAACACUGGAUCUCCACACAUAAUUUCUCGUCUAGGGGUAAUUCAGCUUACAUCAUACCUGGGAGUCGUUUGGUCACUGUUGGUGGAGUUUUCCAAGUGGGAAACUGGAAUCGGCUGAACAGUUCUGUUGACCAUAAACAAAUCUGGGAAGCCGCCUGCAAACUUGAGCCCAGUCUACAGCAUGCGCGGAUAGUAGAAGACUGGACUGGUCUCAGACCUGCACGCAGUAAAGUCAGACUAGAGAGAGAAUCCAUACGAUGUGGAGGACACUCAUUUGAGGUCAUCCAUAACUAUGGACAUGGAGGUUUUGGGCUGACCAUCCAUCGUGGAUGUGCUGAGGAAGCUGCUCGGCUCUUUGGACAGUUCCUGGAGCAGAAAGGCUUGCUUGUUCAAUCUAAAUCACAAGCAGCACAAGCUAAAUCACGUCUCUGAAAAAAUGUGAGCCUCUUUGAACAGUGUUAUGAUUAAUCUCGUCAGACAUCAGCAAUAUUUUUCCUUAAUCUCAUAACCGCUGUCAGACUGAUUCCAUAAGAUAAUGAAUACACUGAGUGCAAAAAUGUGUACCAGACUACUGGGAUCUGCUGCAGCCUAAUGUCACUGUUUAAAUGAUCUAUUUUAUCACUCAUUAAUUUUUUAAAAACAAAUUGCAGAACUGAAUUGUCAGCAAUUUGCUCUUUUGAUAUACAAUAAAGAAUUAAAUAAAGAA